UUCUCCUAAUGAAGCUCCUAUUAUUUAUCCUAUGCUUGUCUAAUCCAUUCUAUAUCACUUCUACCUUGAAUUCGGAUGGGCUGAUUCUAUUGUCUCUCCUCAACCACUGGACUUCUGUGCCUCCUUCUUUGAAGUCCAGCUGGAAAUCCUCUGAUUCUACCCCUUGUUCUUGGAUAGGAAUAAAAUGCGACCGCUACAGCAACGUGGUCUUCUUAAACCUCACUGCAUCUCAGAUUUUUGGACAGCUUGGGCCAGAAAUUGGACAGUUGACUCACUUGCAGAACCUUUCGUUGGCAAUAAAUGGUUUCUCAGGAACAAUACCCCCAGAGUUAGGCAAUUGUAGUCUGCUUGAGUAUAUUGAUCUUUCUAAGAAUCAAUUGUCUGGAAAAAUGCCUCCAGAAAUUGGAAACUGCAAAUCUUUGAAGUCGUUACGUUUGUAUUCCAAUCAACUAGAGGGACCAAUUCCAAAUAAGUUGGGAAUACUAAGUCAGCUGGAGGACCUUGAAUUGUAUUCCAACCAUUUGACAGGCAAAAUUCCAGUUACCAUUUGGAAGAUUCAGAGUGUCAAGCAUGUCCUUGUUCAUGAUAAUAACCUCACCGGGAAAUUGUCUUCUGAGUUGACAGAGCUCAAGCAUCUGAAAAAUAUCUCAUUGUCUGACAACCAAUUCUUUGGACCAAUUCCUCAAGGUUUGGGAAUCAAUAGUAGUUUAGUGAUGCUAAGCUUGAUGAAUAAUACGUUCACUGGUAACAUCCCGCCAAAUCUUUGUUUUGGAAAGCAACUGCGCACGCUGUAUUUAGGUCUUAAUCAACUUCAAGGGGGCAUACCUCAAGAUUUGGGAAAGUGUGCAACUCUUGCACGGUUAGUUCUCAAUGACAAUAAUCUUUCAGGGUCUAUUCCUAAAUUUGAAGGUAAUCAGAAUCUUAUAAUCAUAGACAUUAGCAAGAACAACAUCAGUGGAGUAAUUCCAUCGAGUUUGGGGAACUGCACAAAUCUUAUUGGUUUAAUGUUGUCCACGAAUAACAUUAUAGGUCUUAUACCCUCAGAGCUAGGAAACCUUGUGAAACUUCAGGUUUUAAAUCUUGCUCACAAUAACCUAGUAGGUAUUUUGCCACUGCAACUGUCAAACUGUACACAAAUGUCUACAUUUGAUGUAGGAUUUAAUUUUCUUAAUGGUUCAUUCCCAUCAAGCAUAAGGAGCUGGACUAGAAUAAACAGAUUGAUUUUAAGAGAGAAUCAUUUCAGUGGGUUUGUCCCAUAUUUCUUCUCAGAGUAUGCUCAGCUUCUCGAGCUACAACUUGGUGGAAAUAUGAUCCAAGGAACAAUUCCUGCAUCAAUUGGAUCAUUGGUUCACUUGUAUGAGUUGAAUCUGAGCGCUAAUAAAUUAACAGUUGGGAUCCCCCAAGACGUUGGGAAGUUGAAAAUGCUAGAAAGUCUAGAUAUAUCCCUGAACAGUUUGACAGGGAGCAUACAAAUUCUUGGUGAACUUGUUUCAUUAACAGAAGUCAAUAUAUCUUACAACUCAUUCUUCGGUCCUUUACCAGAAAGGACGAUUCAACUACUGGAUUUAUAUCCAUCGUCAUUCUUUGGCAAUCCUGGCCUUUGUGUUAGUUGUUCGACUUCAGAUGGCCCGAGUUGCAUAAAAACUAGCCAUUUGAAGCCAUGCGCCACUAAUUCAACUGACCAAGAAGGCAACAAGCAUUCGAAUUUAGUAGUACUUGGACUAAUAGUGUUUGUCAUUUGCUGGUCAUCUAUCAUUUUCCUGUCAAGCGUAAUUUACCUAUCAUUUGUCAUUUACAUCCGCCAGUUUGGUCAAAUAUCUUACAUGGAGGUCAAUGUUAACUGUGAAGAGCAAGAGGCUUUGUUUUCAAAUCACGAGGGGGGUUUUAGAAUUAUUGACCUAAUGGAUGCUACAGAUUUUCUACAUGAUCGAUAUAUAAUUGGUGAAGGAGGGCAUGGGAUUGUUUAUAAAGCUGAACUUGGUGUUGGAGUUUUUGCUGUUAAGAAGGUUAAACUUGCAGGGAGCAAUAGGAGGAAAUUGAACUUGGUCAGAGAAAUUGAAAUGACUAAGAACUUUAGGCAUCAAAAUCUAGCAAGAUGCUUAGGCUCUUGGAUAUGUGAAGAUAUGGGAUUGGCAUAUCUCCAUCAUGACUGUGAUCCUCCCAUAUUGCAUCGAGACAUCAACCAAAGAAUAUACUUCUUGAUUCUGAUAUGCAGCCUUGCAUUAGUGAUUUUGGUAUUUCCAUUACUUGGACGAGUUUGCUCUGGCACGUUUGCGGUCAACAUAUCAUCUAGGUACUCGUGGGGUUAUGGCACCAGGCUUGUGGUUAAUUGUGCAGGGCCACGCAAUUCACCAUCCCCAUCGGGAAUUACUGAGAUAGCAUGUCUGGGAGUUACGAGCUGUGAACUUGAUGAUAUAGUUAUGGGUGCUUUUGCUGAGCUGAUAAACAGGAAGAACGAAGAGGCUGAAAUGAGAGAUGCUGCUGAAUUCUUUGAACAAUCCAUUGAUCCAG